UUAUAACGCCGCCGGCCCCCGCCGCCGCCUCACAGCCAACAGGUCCCGGAGCGUCCCGGUUGCGUCCCGUCCCGCCGCCGCCCGGCUCGGCCCGGCCCGGCCAUGCCGCUCCGGCUGGCUCUUUGCCUGCUCGUCCUCUGCAGCCUCGCCGGCGGCGACGCCGCUCACGGUGGGAUCUGCUGGCUGCAGCAGGGGAAGGAGGCCAAGUGCACCAUGAUCCUGAAGACAGGCGUGACGUGGGAAGAGUGCUGCGCCAACGGCAACGUGGACGUGGCCUGGUCUAAUUACACCUACCCAGGCAACAAGAUCAGCCUGCUGGGCUUCCUGGGGCUGGUGACCUGCCAUCCAUGCAAAGAGAGCUGUGAGGGGGUGGUGUGCGGCCCCGACAAGGUGUGCAAGAUGAAGCACGGCAGGCCCCAGUGUGCCUGCGCCCCCGAUUGCUCCAGCCUGCCCCGCAAGCUGCAGGUCUGCGGCUCUGAUGGCUACACCUACCGUGAUGAGUGCGACCUGCUGACGGCCAAGUGCAGAGACCACCCCGACCUGGAAGUGAUGUACCAGGGCAAAUGCAAAAAAUCCUGUUCCAGCGUGGUUUGUCCGGGCACCCACACUUGCGUGGUGGAUCAAACGGGCAGCGCUCACUGUGUGAUGUGUCGGACGGCUCCGUGUCCAGAACCCACCAGCCUGGACCACGCUCUCUGUGGCAACAACAACAUCACCUACCCGUCGGCGUGCCACCUGCGCAGGGCCACGUGCCACCUGGGGCGCUCCAUCGGCGUGCGGCACUACGGGAGCUGCUCAGCCUCGGCCAGGUUCUCCCUGGAGACGGAUAACGCGGAGGAGAACUACGUGUGAAUCCUUCCCGCGCCGCGAGGCUGCGGCCGGCAGAAAGGGGCAUUAUGUGUAUACUGUACAAAGCAUAUACCUGAUAUUUAUUAAGAUUAAAAGGUCCUUAUUUAUAUCUGUAUGCUACGCAGAUGCAGAGGGAUGGCUCCUGGCCGUGCCUGCUCACAUCCCCUGUGCUGCUCCGGGCAUCAGGGGAGCGCCUGCACUGCCGCACCCCCCCAUAACGUGUCCUUGGACGGCCGCCCCGGGCCUAUUUAUUUUUGGAUUGAAUUCUUGGUACUCUGCUGACGUUUCUGGCCAGGACCUCGGGGUCGAGUAGGAAUCUGCUCUUUAUCUUUCCCCGGAGGGGCUCAGCCCCAGCUGCCAGCAGCACGGAACGGAGCGCGGAGCCGCGCCACGUUCGAGAUGGAUAGAUCUCUAUUUUUCUAUGUCGUUUAUUCUCCUGCGGUUUAUAGCAACUGAUUGCAUUUAGGUUCUCCCCAGCCCACCAAGACCCGGCUUCCAGCUCUUCUGGAGGCAAUACUGGAGCCGCCCCGAGGUGCUCCAGUCCCCGCUCCCAGCACUGCUGCUGCUUGUCCUCCUUCACCCAUCCGUGACCAAACCCACGUGGAAGGCAAAGGGCUGCAGGGCUGCUGGGACACCCAGCCCCGCAUCCCCACUCCCUCUCAACGCCCUCUGUAUUUAUUUUAACUUCCUCUCUCUCUUGUUUUUGUGCGUGCGUUGUGAUCUGUGUACAUACCAUCUCAUCUCUGACACCUCGCCUUUAUAUAAAUACCGUAUAUAUAAUAUAUAUAAAUACCCUAUUUUCUAUUUUUGUAUGAUUGUGUUCUGAUUGCUGAGGCAGGCGUUAUAGGAACAUAUACAUUUCCUAUUCCGUAUCAUUUAGGAGCAUUUUACGACUGAUUACGAUUAAAAAAGAAUA